AUGUCACCCUUUUAAUGAAGGCAGAGGAAGAACCACCCUAAAGGUCCUUUUUACUGGGCCUGUUAUUUUUCUGCUGGUCACACACAGGCCCUCACCAUGAAGGGGCUCACUACUGCCUUCCUCGUCUGGACUCUGAUUUCUCCUGAGGGUGGUGGCAGCCAAGCCUGGCCCACACACACAGCCUGCAAGGACGGGGGCUUGGAAGUGCUCUACCAGAGUUGUGAUCCAUUACAAGAUUUUGGCUUUUCUGUUGACCAGUGUUCCAGACAUUUAAAGUCAAAUCUCAACAUUAGAUUUGGAAUGAUUCUGAGAGAGGACAUCAAAGAGUUGUUUCUCGACGUAAGUCUCUUCAGCGAAGGCCUGUCCAUUUUGAGUUACUCCUAUCCCAUCUGUGAAGAGGAUCUCCCCAAGUUUUCUUUCUGUGGAAGAAAGAGAGGGGAACAGAUUUAUUAUACUGGCCCUGUCAAUAAUCCUGGAUUUGACAUUCCCAAGGGAGAAUACCAGGUUUUGCUGAAACUGUAUAAUAAAAGCAAUCCCAUGGUGGCCUGUGCCAAUGCUACCGUCAUCUGUUCCUGAGCAGCUCAAAGGCAUGACGAUCUGCCUCGUGGGAACUGCAAGCUCUUCAGCCUGAACCUACUGUGCCAGAAGAACCAGUCAGCUACAAAAGGAGCCUCAAGGAGCUUGUUGAACGUGCCAGUGUGACUUCAGCCCCAGCACCAGGGGCCCCAGGCUCCACAUGUGUAAUGAAGUGCCCGAAAGUACCUGCUUCUAAGGAGCCUUCUAGUACUCACUGAGCAGUCCGGAGGGUCCAUCGUUCUUCACCAAAUGGCCACCUCCCACCAAAUGUCCUGCUUCUCAGCUCCUUAGGAGUGCUUCCUCAUUUACCCAGAAUAAAGAAAGCUGGCCCAAAAUCACUUCUCGUGGUUCUUCCAAGAAUCUGAGUACAGUCCUGAAGUUAUAAUGCAGUUUCCUGCAGACACGGUCCGGGGCUGGCACAGCGUACAUAGUGCUAAGAGAUUCGUCAGGAUGGUGGUGAACCUCCUCCAUCCUUCCCCCGGGCCAGCCCUGUGCCUCGGACCACAAGGGUGGGGAAGCCGAUGAAACCUCGUAAUGAGUGACAGCAGAGUCCUCCCUGAUGGGUAACUGCUGAACAGAACGAACCGGGCCCUGCACUCAUACUCCAGGGAGCAAAACCGACACUGUCCCUGUGGAG